AUGGCGAACAUCCUCGCGAGUGCAUCCUUCAACGGAACAACACUGGCAAAGUACGCCAGCGAUCUCGCCUCGGUGGCCCUAGCCGUGGCUAACGACACGGACGAUCUCACCGGAGGACUCGCUGGUGGCAACCGGACACAAAAAUCACCAGGCCAACAACCGACACCCUGCAUGGUGGUGGUCGUGCUUUCGUACACCUUCGGCUGUGUUGGCAACCUGAUCGCUCUCAUCCAUCUGUGGCGCAACGUGCGCAACACCAAGCACGCGCUGAUGCUAAAAUGUUUGCUGACGAACGAUCUGAUCGGACUGAGCGGUAUGUUUGUACAGAUGGGCCUCCAGCUCUACCUUCCACCGGCCCUGGUACAGGCCAAUAUGCGCCAUUUCUGCGUUCUGCGCGUCAUUUGGCGUGUGUUUGGCAUCAGCUCCGGCUGCGUAGCGUUCGUUAUGGCUCUGGAGCGUUACAUCGCCCUGGCGAAGCCCUUUUUCUACCAUAAGUACGUAACGGAUAAGCUGAUCCGCAAAUCGAUCUUCAGUCUGUGGGGAAUCGGUGCGUUCAUCACGUUCCUGCCGCUGUUCGGUUUCGGGUUGUACUUCGACGAACGGAAGCAAACUUGCGCCCGGUAUAAGAGUGCCACCGAACCGGCGGACAUAGCGUACGCUUAUCUGAUCUUCGCCACAGGAACGCUGCUCUGCAUAGGGAUCGCGAUCUGCAACCUAAGCGUACGGAAGGUGUUGUACCGAUCGCAUCGGAAAAUGUGCCGCCAGUUUGGAUCGGUGAAAGCUACACCGAUGUUGAACCGUUCGAUGAGACACACGCCCAAGUCGGCCAGCUUCACCGAUUCCAACAUUAUGCGCAUGUUUAACGAACCCACGACUGAGGAGAUUCGCUUCGCCAAGCUGAUGACCGUGCUGAGUGUGUUCUUUCUCAUAUGCUGGCUCCCGCAGAUGAUCUCCAUCAUCCUGCUGCAGCAGCUUAAUGCAGCCGCGAAGCUGCGAUUGGCCUGGCUGUUUCGGUUAUCCGACAUACUGAUUCUGGUGCACUUUAUGCUCGAUCCGUACAUUUACGUGCUGCUCAAGCACAGCCGCCGUAGCGACCUGCGUACGAUGGUGCGGUACAUGUUCGGUCGGAACCAGCGAUUCACGAUGGUUGAUGCCGCCCUUUCGCCCAUGCAAAAGUCAACCACCUCCUCGCCGUUACCGUAA